GCAAGCGCCGGAGACGGCGCCUGCGCGGUGGGCGUGAUCCGGGCACUCAGGGCAGGAUGAACGCUGCUUUCCAAGAUGGCGACGGAGGGAGGAGGGAAGGAGAUGAACGAGAUUAAGACCCAGUUCACCACCCGGGAAGGUCUGUACAAGCUGCUGCCGCACUCGGAGUACAGCCGGCCCAACCGCGUGCCCUUCAACUCGCAGGGCUCCAACCCGGUCCGCGUCUCCUUCGUCAACCUCAACGACCAGUCGGGCAACGGCGACCGCCUGUGCUUCAAUGUGGGCCGGGAACUCUACUUCUACAUCUACAAGGGGGUCCGCAAGGCUGCUGACUUGAGUAAACCAAUAGAUAAAAGGAUAUACAAAGGAACACAGCCUACUUGUCAUGACUUCAACCACCUCACAGCCACAGCAGAAAGUGUCUCUCUCCUAGUGGGCUUUUCCGCAGGCCAAGUCCAGCUUAUAGAUCCAAUCAAAAAAGAAACUAGCAAGCUAUUUAAUGAGGAAAGACUGAUAGACAAGUCACGCGUAACCUGUGUCAAAUGGGUUCCUGGUUCGGAAAGCCUUUUCCUAGUAGCCCAUUCAAGUGGGAACAUGUACUUAUAUAAUGUGGAGCACACUUGUGGCACCACAGCCCCCCACUACCAGCUUCUGAAGCAGGGAGAGAGCUUUGCCGUGCACACUUGCAAGAGCAAAUCCACGAGGAACCCUCUCCUUAAGUGGACGGUGGGCGAGGGGGCCCUCAACGAGUUUGCUUUCUCCCCAGAUGGCAAGUUCUUAGCGUGCGUGAGCCAGGACGGGUUUCUGCGGGUGUUCAACUUCGACUCGGUGGAGCUGCACGGUACAAUGAAAAGCUACUUUGGGGGCUUGCUUUGUGUGUGCUGGAGCCCAGACGGCAAGUACAUUGUGACAGGUGGAGAGGACGACUUGGUGACAGUCUGGUCCUUUCUAGACUGCCGAGUAAUAGCUAGAGGCCACGGGCACAAAUCCUGGGUCAGCGUUGUGGCAUUUGAUCCCUAUACUACGAGUGUAGAAGAGAGCGGCCCUAUGGAGUUCAGCGGCAGCGACGAGGACUUCCAGGACCUUCUUCAUUUUGGCAGAGAUCGAGCGAACAGUACACAGUCUAGGCUUUCCAAACGGAACUCUACAGACAGCCGCCCCGUAAGUGUCACGUAUCGGUUUGGUUCCGUGGGCCAGGAUACACAGCUGUGUUUAUGGGACCUUACAGAAGACAUCCUUUUCCCGCACCAGCCCCUCUCGAGAGCAAGGACACAUACAAAUGUCAUGAACGCCACCAGCCCUGCUGCAAGCAGUGGGAAUAGUGUCGCAGCACCCGGCAACUCGGUGCCCCCCCCACUGCCGCGGUCCAACAGCCUUCCACACGCGGCAGUGUCUAACACCGGUAGCAGAAGCAGCGUCAUGGACGGGACCGUCGCCUCUGGGGUCAGCAAGUUUGCCACUCUUUCGCUGCAUGACCGGAAAGAGAGACACCACGAGAAAGACCACAAACGAAAUCAUAGCAUGGGACACAUUUCUAGCAAGAGCAGUGACAAACUGAAUCUAGUUACUAAAGCCAAAACGGACCCAGCUAAAACCUUGGGAACACCCCUGUGUCCUCGGAUGGAAGAUGUUCCCUUGUUAGAGCCGCUGAUCUGUAAAAAGAUAGCACAUGAAAGACUGACUGUAUUAAUUUUUCUUGAAGACUGUAUAGUCACUGCUUGUCAGGAGGGAUUUAUUUGCACAUGGGGAAGGCCUGGUAAAGUGCCGGCAGAACACUUCUGCAGGCAGGAGGACAGAGUGCAAGGUGUUCUCCAAGACCAGAACUAAAGGGUUUAUUGUCAUCCCCAAACCAGGCCCGUUCUCCAGGUGGAACUGUAGUGUAGCGACCCACUGGUGCUCCCAGACUCCCCAGAAUGCACGAAGAUGGAGUGACCAAUGAUGACGACGAUGACGACGAUGGAGCCAUGAGCUGCACUGGAGCCACAUGCGGGGCAGGCCUCGGGUGGCCUCGGGCGGGGUGGCCUGGGGGCUGUGCGGAGCGCUCACCCAAAGAGUUGUUUCCAUUUUUAAGUCAGUCUCUUGGGGCUGUAGCAAAAAAUGAGAGAUGGGUUUUCUUCUUGCUUUUUACUUCAAAUUCAAUGUAACUAAAUAACAUAUAAUAUAUAUACAUAUAUACAUAGUGUAAAGUAAAAUGUUUCUUGGACAAGAAACCUUAAAUUCAGCUGUUAUAAAUAGAACUUCACUGUUUGGUUUUGCACUGACCUUUUUUAAACUUUAGUGGUCAGAGGACAACCCGGGACGCACGGGAUGCACUUGUAACAGAAGUUGCCACCUGACUUAAAUGUGUAAUUCAGAAAGACAGAUGCUGCAAUCGUAGAUUUUUAAAAUGGCACUUAAAAUGGUUUAAUGCUGAUAGAAAGUGACUGAAUACAGGGGUGGUGGGCUCCUGGCCAACCAGGAUAAUGGAGGAAAGAGGCCCUUUCUAUCUGUUAACAUUUAUUUUAAUACUAUUGUUUCAAUGCAAUCAAGUCUGUAUAUGUGUAAAUACUGUAACUCUGCAAUGGGGGAAAUAGUUACUUCACUAGCAAUUUUCAUCAUUUAAGAGUGAUAUUUCUAAUUCACAAAAACAUUAAUAUUAAAAUUAUCUUGAAUAUA